CAUCGGUCUUUCUCUCAACACAUCUGCAUAAAGCAAAGUAAUCUACAAGACCUACAACAUGCUCUUCGCAAACACACUCAUUGUACUCGGUGCUGGUGCCGCUUCUCUGGCCAACGCAGCCACCACACCCCAAUACCUCACCAUUGGCAGCCUCAACUCCAACACCCCCAGCGGCAUCAAUGUCCCCGCCUACGACGUAAUCUCCUUCCCCAUCACCGACUCCAAGACCAAAGCCACCACUACCUGCACCGUAAACUGGGACUGGACCAAGAAGCCCUCAACUGCAUGGACAGCCUGCAAAGACAACUCCUUCUCCAUCAAGGUGUCAAACUACAAGAGCAUCACCGACUUUACUCUUAAUAUGCAACAUCAGUACAACACACAGACUGGAAAGAAGUGUGUCAACCCCAACGGCACUGGAUGUACUACUACUCUGGCUUCUACCACAUUGACCAAGGCCAAUGGUGGAUUCAGCAACUACUGUGGUGCUUCGGGAGCUUGUGGUGCUGUCAGCAAGAAGGGUGUCAAGGUUGCCGUUUCGUCUUCCAAGACCGGUACUCAGAAAUAGAGUGAGGAUCUCCCAAUCAGAGGAGGGCGUCUAGCUCG